UAGUUAUAAUUGUUCCUAUACUAAUGUUUUGACAUUAAUGUGAUUUGUUUCAACACACCAUAGAUUGUGUCCUCGGUGCCACAUGGUCUACAGAUACCAGGAGUGGACAGAUGGGCUUCACAACUUUGACAACCACGUUGUUUUGGCUCUUGAACUCUGCCUUUUUUUGAGAGAAAAUCUGCAGAACCAUGUAUCCGCUUCAAGGGUCAUUGACUCAUCGGAGGGCUUAAGAAGAGUGAAGUUUCCUUCUAGGGAUACCAUUUUUCAUGCUUAUUGCCAUUUUGAGGCUUUGACUGACACAGACUACAUGUACUCCUGCAUAAACUGUGGGUUUCACCCCCCUGUGGUAGUUAUGGACUUACACAGAAAAGGGGUGUUCAAGUUAGCAGUGAGUGACCUCAAAGCCCCGGAAGACUUCAAUGGUGAACAUGACAUUGAAGGUUUUUGGAACUCUAUUCACCUGGAAAUGAUAAGCCGUGGGUUUUUUCCAAGCGGCGUGAAGAAUCCAUUUUCAGUUCCACCAAGUUACACGCACUGGGCACCAUGGAUCGGGAGUGAAACUCGAACAAGUGACAUUGUGCUUAACACAGAGUUUCAAAAAGUAGGAACAAGCUCUUUACAUGAAGCAAAGCUUAGCAGUGUCACAGAAGACCGUCUGUUGGAUGAACUCGCCAAACAAAAGGUUGGAGUGGUGAGAAAAUUGUGUAAAGCAUGCAACAUCGACUCCAAAGGCUCCCGCUUUGAUCUCAUCACCAGACUGAGGGAGAAGAUGAAGAACAGGCAGACAUAUGAUAAGGUCUUUCAAAGCAUAUGGGGUGCCUCUGGAGGAUGGUCUGUAAUACUAUGGCCACAUGGCAUUGUAUACAGUGUUAAAUUUAAUCUUCGUGCUGAAAGUCCCCGGGAUUUUGCUGACCUUCUCCUGUCCUGGAAGCACAUGCCAAACGUCUGUGUUUACGAUUUUGCGAGGGGUUUGGUGGCACACACCAAUUUGCGGGUUCCUGAUAAACUGCCAUUUCAUCCACAUGAAGGUCGACUGGCUGAGCCCACUGAGGAAAAUGUCAAGGCUGCACAGGAUGGAAGCCUGAAAGUGAAUCUUCCAUGGCUACAUGAAAGGAUGGAUAGUGUAAAUGAAAAUCCUCAUCCUGUCACUGGAUCAUCUGACCAUUAUGUCCUGUAUGACAGAUUUCAUGAGGGAAAUACAAAAGAUCCCAAGGACAUAUUGCGCAGAAUUCAACUUGUCCCAGAGCUGAAAGGCUGGCUGAACAGUCAAGUUGUUGAACAGUUCUUUGCAAACAUGAGGAAAAGCAAUUACUUUUUAAGUAAUACGAGUCCAUCCACACAUGUGUUUCUGAUGAGAAAUAUAACUCAUCAUUAUAACACUGUAACCAACCAGAAACUUCUGGAGAGGCAGCUAAGACAUGGUCGACUUGGAAAGAUCAACAUCUCAUUGUCGGCACUGGGUCAAGCUGUCGUAGCCCCACAGGUGUGCAAUAAACCCAGAGAAACCACAGAAACGGUGUUGAACCCAGCACCUUCAAUGUCUGGUGACACUGAACCUCAGGAAAGAGUUGACAACAAGAAAGCCUAUAGGUCAACAGAUGCAACUUUUCCUGACCUGUGUGGACCACCGUGCGAAGCUCUGACAAAGCCUGAGAACAUUUUGGCCAGCCGUUCAUCAUGAUGUUUUGUACCGCACCCUGGCCAACAACAGCUUCUCAACUAUGUUCUGGACAUCAGCAGACCCAAAGAUGAGCUGAUUGUUGAAACGUCUUCUGGAUGCAUCACACGGGCAGAUUUUUGGACACUGGGUUUAAACAAACAAAUGGAAUCGACUAUUGGAAAUGGUUGUUUUGAGCUUAUCACUAAAAUUGUUCAGUCAAAGGGGAUAAGCAUUUACAUAGAAAAUCUGUAUGUCACCCGGACUUGGCUUGCACCCUAUGGCUGUUAUCCAUUGCAGUCCUUUCCUACUGAUGCUCAGAGGAUGGACAUCAUAGUUCUCCCUCUCUGGACACCUGGUCAUUUCCAGUUGUGUGUACUGAGGCCACCUAAAAGAGAAAUCCUCUUUCUUGACCCAUUAUACACAAAGGCAGGAUUUGGUGGCCAACAAUAUGUUUCACUUUUGAGGAAUCUUGCAGUGAAGAUCAUUCCCGGGCAGUGGUCAGAAAAAAAGAGCUUUGACUUGAAGGGUUUUCCAAGCCAAGACUAUGGAGUUGACUGUGGGAUCUUCAUGCUGAUGUCUGCUCUGUACGUGGCACUGGAUGCACCAUUUGACUAUACUAUAUCAGACAUGCCCUACUUGCGUAAAUGGUGGUGCUUGCUGUUGAUGGAGAACUUUGAUCUCAGAAGCUCUGGCAAGCUAUUUGCACACUGGAGAGAGGAAGCCAAAGCUGUGCUUGAAGGACAACACGUGCCCAUUUUCAGACUGAAAAAGCGCAAGUUCCAGGAAGUCAGUCAGGAGCCAGCAGUUGUUGAAGAUCUGCGUCCUGCUGUGCAGUGGGUUGUCCAAAAUAAGGCACUUUUCCGUGGACACGUAACAAUGCCAAAAUAUCUGUCCUUAAAUCAAGGGGACCAGCAGAGGGUCUUAAGAGACAUGUCAGAGGAAGAAGACACUGGAGCAAGGCACUUGUUCCUCUUUGUUUUUCAGUUUGCAGAAGACAUGGAGCUCUUUUUGAAAGCAUGUGCUGAUGAGCAGGGACUAAGGGUCAGUGCUAUGUUUGACAUGUAAUGGACAAAUAAAGGCACUGGCUGUUUGUUAUAUUUGUUUCUUUGUUUAAUAUGUCAUUGUUGUUGUUUUUGUUUUGUUUUUGCAUAGUACAAAAUUCCAAUUAAACUUAUUUCAAAAUGUU